AAACUCACUCAGUCAUGUAAAUUGAGAAGGGGGAAUUAAUAUUUAGAAGUCUUUCUUUAUUAAACUGACUCGUAUUAACUUCAUCAAACUGAGUCUCGUCAUAUUACUUGACUGACCAUAGAAAAAUCAAACUCCACUGUCCUCUGCUCUGCUCUUAUCGAAAAAGAAAAUAAGCGGUGAAGAGAGUAGAGGACCCCCUCCCAAAACAAAGUACCAUUCACUUCCUUCAUUCAUAACAAAAAAUUGAACUUCAAGAUAGAAAAAUCUGAAGCUCUUAAUUGGGUGAUCAAUUCAAUCCAAAUAUAUGUAAGAUGGUUCAUUUGAAAGAAAGAUUUGGUUACUUGUUCAACAGCAGAUGGCUAGUCUUUGUUGCAGCAAUGUGGAUUCAGACUUGUGCUGGCAUUGGAUAUCUUUUUGGCAGCAUCUCUCCAGUAAUAAAAAGCUCUUUGAAUUACAAUCAGAAACAGAUUGCUCGAUUAGGUGUGGCUAAGGACUUGGGUGAUAGCGUUGGAUUCUUGGCUGGUACUUUGUGUGAAUUCUUGCCUUUAUGGGCUGCACUUCUUGUUGGUGCUAUUCAGAACUUUGUUGGUUAUGGUUGGGUUUGGCUUAUUGUCACUGGCAAAACUCCACCUUUGCCAUUAUGGGCUAUGUGCAUUCUUAUAUUUGUAGGAACAAAUGGUGAGACCUACUUCAACACAGCAGCUCUGGUCUCCUGUGUACAAAAUUUCCCGAAAAGCCGUGGUCCUGUAGUUGGGAUUCUUAAGGGAUUUGCUGGCUUAGGUGGUGCAAUUUUGACUCAGAUAUAUGCAAUAAUGCAUUCACCUGACCACGCUUCACUUAUAUUUAUGAUUGCUGUUGGACCGGCAAUGGUGGUUAUUGCUCUCAUGUUUAUAAUCAGGCCUGUUGGAGGCCACAGACAAGUCAGACCUUCUGAUGGGCUAAGUUUUUCAUUUGUUUAUAGUAUAUGCCUCCUUUUGGCUUCUUACUUGAUGGGAGUUAUGCUUGUUGAAGACUUUAGUGAUAUUAGCCACAAUGUCAUUAUAAUCUUCACAGCUAUUCUAUUUGUCAUCUUGAUAAUCCCUGUUGUGAUCCCCGUCUAUUUGAGUUUCACUCAAGAGCCAAGAGUAUUAUCAGAAGAAGAGGCAAUUCUAGCUGAGUCACGGAAACAAGAUCCUGGAAAAUCUGAACACAACGAUAGUCAAGAAAUUAUAUUUAGUGAGGUUGAAGAGGAGAAGCCGAAGGAAGUAGACUUACUUCCAGCUUUAGAAAGGCAGAAAAGGAUCGCGCAACUACAAGUAAGACUAGCACAAGCAGCGGCUGAAGGAGCCGUGAGGAUCAAAAGAAGACGAGGUCCUCGAAGGGGAGAGGAUUUUACUUUAGUGCAGGCUUUAAUAAAAGCAGAUUUCUGGCUUAUGUUCUUCUCACUGCUUUUGGGUUCUGGAUCCGGUUUGACUGUCAUAGACAAUUUGGGCCAAAUGAGCCAAUCUUUAGGAUAUGAUAAUACACAUGUAUUCGUUUCCUUGAUCAGCAUAUGGAACUUCCUUGGCCGUAUUGGGGGUGGAUACUUCUCUGAGAUCAUUGUCAGGGAUAAUGCAUAUCCAAGACAUGCAGCCAUGGCUGUUGCUCAAGUCAUAAUGGCCUUCGGUCAUUUCUUCUUUGCCAUGGGUUGGCCUGGAGCUAUGUACAUUGGUACUCUUUUGGUUGGAGUUGGUUAUGGGGCUCAUUGGGCGAUUGUGCCAGCUGCUGCUUCAGAAUUAUUUGGCUUAAGGAAUUUUGGGGCUCUGUACAAUUUCCUCACUCUUGCCAAUCCAGCUGGUUCAUUAGUAUUCUCAGGUCUUAUUGCUAGUAGUAUAUAUGACAUGGAAGCUGAAAAGCAAGCUCAACAACACCAUGUUGGGCAGUUGAAUUUGGCAUCGGCUUUGACAAGUUUUUUGAACAUGGAUGAACCUCCAAAGUGUGAAGGUGCUAUUUGCUUCUUCUUGACUUCCUUGAUAAUGUCAGGUCUCUGUAUUAUUGCGGCUGUUCUAAGCAUGAUUCUGGUGUACCGUACAAAGGUUGUGUAUGCUAAUCUGUAUGGAAAGUCUCGUACAUAAUUUAAGAAUCCUGGAAAAGGACACCUUCAGCAAAUUCGUAUUAUCAUAAUUCGCCACUGCAAAUCAUCAACUGAACACAUCCAGCUGAGAGCAAACGCCGACGUCAUCAACUGAACACAUCCAGCUGAGAGCAAACGACGACGACGAAGGCAAUAGAGCCGGGUUUUGCUGUUGGAACUAAAGUCCUGUUUGAGAGAAAUAUAGUAAAUAUUAGUGUUGCAACUUGCAAGUGAUUUCUGUAUUCAAGUGAUUUCUGUAUUCUUGUAUUCCAACUAUUGGGAUUUGUUAAAUUUUGGCUGUCAACCUCCAUUUGUUGAUUGAA